AAUCAUAGCCGGAAAAUUACUACGACGGAAAGUAUUAUUUGCUUUGAAUCAUUGUCAUUCUGUAAAAACAGUAUUUACAAACAAUAUCACAAUUCACAGUGCCAUAUACCUGGGAUAAAGUGGUGUAAACAAUAUUUGUGAUAUUAUUACGUUUUGAGUGGUUUGAAUUUGACAGUUCUGGGAAGAAAUUAAAGCGCAACAAUGGGCGAGGAAGGGCCACAAAUCAAAUCACUCGAAUCAGUGGCCCCCGCGAUCCUCGUAGGUCUCGCAUGUGCCGCAGUAUUGGCCGCAGUAGCAGGUCUUUGCGUCCGACGAUACCGAAGAAGAGCCGACGCUGUUGCAGCCCGCAAAGCGUCCGCUGAGGCUCCUUUACACUUUCAACCACCCCGAAAACCGACUGCGGUACGUAGUCCUACAGGUGCGCCCACACAUUACUAUCUGAAGAAAAGUCCUAGCCCUACGUCUGGAAGCGGCCCUUUGCCUUCAUUAGCAGCAAGAUCACCACCAGGGUUAUCGCCCAGCAUGUCCAGCAGCAUAGUAUCCUCCGGCAGUUGUAUACCAAGUGGUGGUAUGAUGUCAAACGGCAACUUGUCGCCGGGCGAUUCGACUCCGCGCUACGCGGACGAGGCGCCCGUGCAGACACCGCGAGAGGCUGACCCAGCUCCGGGUGACGCUGACGAGCCCGGGUCGACGUGCAUUGAACAGAGUAUCGAGAAUGCAGAACACGGAAAACUUGGAACACUCGUUUUUAAACUGAGAUAUCUAGCAGAGCGGUCAGCCCUGGUUGUGUCAGUUGUGCGAUGUCGCGGAUUACCAGCGCGUAAUAAUCCGCUUCCUGGUCCGCCUGUAGUUUCUUUAGCAGUUCAGACAAACAAUAAUGGCAAAAACAAUGGGAGUGGACCAAACACAGAUCCUUAUGUCAAAUUACAAUUAUUGCCAGAUAAACAACAUAAAGUUAAAACCAGGGUGGUGAGAAAUACUCGAAAUCCAGUAUAUGAUGAAGAUUUUACAUUUUACGGAUUGUCCAUCAGUGAAUUAUCGGCUAUGUCUCUGCAUUUUGUAGUUUUGAGCUUUGAUAGGUAUUCCCGCGAUGAUGUCAUUGGAGAAGUCGUUUGCGCUCUGGCUGGUGUUGAUCUAGCCCAAGCUGGUUGCCAACAGGUCGCACUCAGCAGGGAAAUUCAACCACGUAGUCUUAAGAUCCGUUGCCAGUCACGAGGCGAACUUCUGGUUUCUUUAUGCUGGCAGCCGGCAGCAUCACGGCUUACGGUUGUCCUUCUCAAAGCACGCAAUCUACCAAGAAUGGACGUAACUGGAUUGGCUGAUCCAUACGUAAAGAUAUACUUGUUAUACAACGGCCAACGAAUUGCUAAAAAGAAAACUCAUGUUAAGAAACGUACUCUGAAUCCAGUGUUUAAUGAAAGUUUUGGCUUUGACAUUCCAUCUGCGGCUGGUGGUCCAGCAGGUGAUGCUGCUGAAACACGUGCAUUAGAUGGAGUUUCUUUAGAACUGCUGCUUCUUGACUGGGACCGCGUUACUAAAAAUGAGGUAAUUGGUCGCUUAGAACUGGGAGGACCUCGCAGCACAGGCUCGACCCUACAUCACUGGAACGAAGUCUGCAACUCGCCACGUCGACAGAUUGCUGAUUGGCAUAAACUGCGCGAGUAAAUUAAUUUCUCUAUAAACAUGUUUUUAUAGAAUUAAAAAUUUUGGAUGGAAUAUAUUUCACUUAUAUUCAUCAUAAUUCAGAUGUAAUAAAG